UUUAUAUUAAAUAUGGAAGAAAAAAAAUUUAUCAAGAAAAAAGAAAAAGCAUUCACGGACGGAAAUCAAUCAGCUCUAGCAACAGCUUGCAAUAAUCUCGGCGACUUUUACAAUGGUCAAGGCAAAUAUAAAGAAGCUGUCGCUGAAUAUGAACAAGAAGCUUCCAUAUAUCUUGUCCUAGGAAAACAACUUGAUCUAGCUAAAGCACAUCGAAUGUGUGGUGAAAUGUGUAUGCUUCUUUGUGAGUUUACCAAAGCUCUGGAACACAUUGAAAUCUAUCUAAAAACAGUAAAAAAGCUAAGAAACAAAGUAGAAGAGCAAAGAGCUUAUGCGACUCUCGGACGAGCCUACUUGUUACAGGGCCAGAGUGCAACUGACUCAGCAACUGCACUUGCUCCAUUAAAAAAUGCUGAAAAAGCAUUCAUUCGUAGUUUGUUGAUAUCCAAAGAACUUUCAGGUCAAAUCACCAAAUUGGAACAAUUGGACAUGCAAGCACGUUUAUUUCUAAACAUUGGUGUUGUCAAAGAACACAUUGAAGAGUUUGAAGAAUCUGUAAAUUAUAUUGAGAAAGCAAUAAAGAUUAGCAAAGCAAACGAGAUUUUUGAAUUGCUUCAUCUUUGUUAUGUGUCAAUGAGUCUUCUUUAUCAAUACAAGUUAAACGAUUCCACAUUGGCUUUGAGAUACUGUAACUUAGCUUUGGAAGUAGCCAAAAGACUACCUGACAAAGUGAAGAAGAUCUGUGAAACUCUCAUAGCCAAAGCAGAGAUUCUGGUUAAGGAAGGGGAUUUCUCGAGUGCAAAGCAAAUACUCACGAAAGCUUACAAAAAGAACACUCCAGAUGAGAAUGAUCGUCAGAAUAUUGAGAAAACACUUCGAGUUGUGGUUAAAAUGUGUCAAAUCCUUGACGAAUUGAUUACCACAAACACUAAUAACUAUAGCGAACGUAAGAAGCUCUUCGAACGUCUUGGAGAUGGUUGUUGUCAUUUGAAUAACUUCCCUAAAGCCAUAGAGUAUUAUACUCAAAUGUUGGAAUGUGCUCAACUCAAUUCAGAAAGUGGCAAAGAACUAAUUCCGAUUUAUGUUAGUCUCUAUCAGACUUAUAAAGAUAAUAAACAAUAUGACAAGGCUCUAGAAUUUCUUUGGAAAGAAUUUGAGUUGAGUAAAGAAAUACCUGCGGAAGCAUUUUCUACUCUAUGCAGUAUUGGAGAGGUUUGUGAAUUGCAAAUGCAACCAUUUUGGACAAUUCAGGAUAUCUAUCAGAGGGCUUUGGAUUUUGCUAAGAAAGCUGGUAAUGCUCAUUUGGAGAAAAUUGCUUUUACUAGAUUGAAGAAAAAUCAGACGAAAUUUCAUAUGCAUACAUUGGCAGAGCAGUUGGAGGAGGAUGCCAGAUUGAGAGGAUUUGAUUUAGACUCACUUGACGAGGAUAGUGAUAGUGAAAGUGCACCAUCUGAAGACGAGCCCAAUACUCCUGAGUUAGGAGACGACGUAUGCCUUGAGGAUCUAACUGACUCUGACAGCAGUGAUAUAGACGAGUCGGAAAAAGUACGUAAUAGAAAACGAGGCACUUGCCUGACCAUCAAGAGAAAUAACAAAGGAGAAACACAACUCCAUCAAGCUUGUAUUGCUGGCAAUCUGGAAUUGGUCCGUCGGCUAAUAGAUCAAGGUCAUGUGAUUAAUGUCAGAGAUCAUGCUGGCUGGUUACCUUUGCAUGAAGCAUGCAAUCAUGGAUUUCGUGAUAUUGUUGAACUCCUAUUGGACAAGGGUGCUACAACUGCAAUCAAUGACAAAGGUGGCACGAGUUGUGACGGCAUAACACCUCUUUAUGAUGCUUGUGCCAAUGGUUUCCUCGAUGUAGUAGAGUUAUUGCUAGAACGUGGAGCAAAUGCAACUGUAAAAACAGACUAUGGAGAAACUUGCAUGCAAGCUUUGGAUAAAUGGAAAGCAAAUGCUAAUUUAAAUCCUGGAGAAGAGGCACAGUAUGGUUUCAUAAGGAAGAAUCUAUCAGAUAAAUUAGGUAUAUCUGGGGGAAGUGGAUUGUCUGCCUCAAACUCUAAUCGAAGAAGAAGUGGCCAUGCCUUGAAUAGAUCAAUGGAUAAUCCUGAUUUGUGUACUCCUGCCCUAGAGGAAGUAAAUAAUCACAACUAUCAACCGGAAGUAGACGAAGAACGAACACCUACUCCUCGUUCUCCUCUGCGAAAAACUUCUGCAGCCAAUUCUCCGUGGAAGAAUUCUGCAAAUAAUUCUCCCCGAAAGAAUCCAUACUCUGCUUCUCCGCGAAAGAAUUUAUAUCCCAUUUCUCCACACAAAAAAACAUAUUCCAACUCCCCCCGAAAAAGUUCCAGCGCUAAAGAUGAAUACCGCAGUGUAAUGGAGCAUUUGAAACGACCCAAUCGAAUGCAACUUUCAACUGACGACGAUGAUCAGUCAACAUUGCCAAAGAAACGACCAGCAUUUCUCGAGAAUGAAGAUGUAGACGAUGAUGAUUGGUUAGAAGAUGAUGUUGGUCAAGAUCGAAAAAGAAGAAAGUGCCAAAAUGAUUGGGAAUUGGAAAGUAUUUCAAGAGAAAAUCUUAGUGAUUCGGCUGUGGGACUCGAUGAUAAUGAUGCUUUUAAGGUUCUUCUAGAAUCUGGUUCGAGUCGUCAGAAACAGGCAAGCAAAUUGAGACUUCCACGUUCACUGAGCUCUGUAAGUGUUGCCAGUGGCUCUUCCGGCAAAAAGAACAAACAACAAACAUCACUUUUUGACAGUGGAUUCUGUCGAUUCCGAAGUGAGAGUCCGAUAUCUAGUGAAGAAAUUUCAAUGGAUGUGGUAAGGCCUACAGAACCUGACUCUACAACUCAACCGCCUACCAUAUCUUUGGUCUCUCCAAUGAAAAUUGUUCCAACGGAACCCAUUGUUCUGUCCACUGUGUCAUUCAAGAUUAAAGUCGAAGAAGAGCUUCUGCUAGUUCCGGUGGAUAGGAAGAAGUUAAACGAAGUCAACAUUCGAUGGUUGGCUGAGGAAGCAUCAAGACGCUAUUAUAAUUUGGUUGGAUUGAAGCCACAGCUGAGGUUAAAAACUGCUGAUGGUUUUGCAUUUGAAGAGAAUGAUCCUAUCAAAGUCGCUGUGGAGGAGAAUAUGAUUACUGCAACGGUAAUUGAAUGGAAAAUAUCGCCACUCGCUCAACGUUAUGAAGAAAUGUGCCAUCAAACACAAAAAGAAGUACAAACUGACAUUCAGUCAGCUCUGGAAAAGGGACAAGUCUCGAAUAGCAUCAUCUUUAGUGAUUUUUCAUUGACUCCUGAUCUAACAGAACCAGUUUUCAAAGCCAUUCUCCAUCAGACAAAUCUCAGAGUUCUCGACUUAUCGAAUAAUUUGAUUCAAAAUGAAGGUUGUAAGCAACUGGCCAAAUCCCUGCCAACCCUGAAGCAACUAAAGGCACUUAAUCUUCGAGGAAAUUGCAUUACAAGUGACGGUUUGGAAAGUUUGACUUUAUCAAAUGUAAAUCUAGAAGAUUUGGAAGAGUUGAAUUUGAGUCAGAAUCCAUUGGGCAAUAAAAGUAUUCGUUCGUUGGACAAAUUAUUGAAAGGAUGCAAGUCCUUGCAGAAACUCAUAUUGUCGCAUUGUGGUAUUACAAACUUUUUCGAAUUCGAUUUAAAUUUCUAUCAGCUAAGUGAGUUCGAUGUGAGUUUUAAUUCACUUACAUCGGAUUGUUUAAAGAAACUUUUGACCUUGUUGAAUAGCAGUCGGUUGCAGGGUUUGAAUUUGAGUUUUUGUGUGGACUCAGAUAAGAACUGUGCUACACGAAUAGGAGAGUUCUUUGAGAGUGGAACUUGUGAGAAAUUCAAAAAGAUUGAAUUAGCAGGUUGUUAUCUAACCGAUGCAGAUAUUUACAAAUUUACUCAGAGUCUCAAUAAAGCAUCAGAAUUGGAAGUAUUAAAUUUGGCAGAGAACCCUUCGUUGUCUCCAUUGGCUUUGCAGUAUGUUUUCGAUGAAUUGAGUUCUCUUCGAAAAUUGAUUGUCACAAAUUGCCCGAAAAUGAUCGAUGUGAGAAAGCUUGAUACCUAUCCAGGAUCGAAAAUUCUUCCGAAUUUUAUUUCCCUAACAUUGAACGAACCAAAUGGUGAUAUUAGUCGAUUGAGAAAGUUUUGGGAUGAACGAUGGAGUGGUAGGGGUAAAAUUAAGAACUUUGGGACACAGUUUGUUUGCUUUGUUAAUGAACAAGAUUUGUUAUGAAAUGUUUGUAAAC